GCUUACUCCUCCGCCUCCGCCCCCUUUUUCUCGUUCGUUUCUUCCAGGACCUGCCUCCCGGUCCCUCCCCUUCUCCAUGCGUCUCUCUAUUUCAGUACUAUUUCUCUCUGUUCUCAGUCUUUGCCCUCCCCACUUCCUCCCUCUCACACUCCUACUCCAUCUUUUCUGGCCCCGAUUUGAGUGAGAGAGCGGGAGGGUUUCGCUGCUCGCCCUUUAAUACCCUCUCUCUCUCUUUCUCCUCUGUGUGCGGGUUCUCUCCCAUCCAACGCGCGCUCCGGCUUUUCUUCUUCCCAGGAGGAGCACCAGCAUCGUCUCCGGCCGUUGAUCUCUAAGCAACUACCUCUCCUUCUGUCCUCGAUGGUUGGCGGAUGGAUGGGUUCGCAUAACCGUCAUCGGUUCAGCCGCAGCUUCACGUUCUGAUUUUAUGUAUCGGAGGGUCUAGCAGGACUGGUUGCUGGCAGCCACGGUAAUGGAUGGCGCGGCCCUCUCGAUUUUGUUUCUGCAAGGUGAAGGCUUUAUUGUAAACUAUUCUGAACAGAAUCUUCUGGUUCAGAGGAUGACUACGACUGAAGCAGGAGAAGAAAUUGAGGAACAUGGAAUAGCCAUGGAUGAGGAGAAAAAAAGAGUAAGAUGCAAGUAUUGUGCAAAGGAGGUCCGUGGUUUUAACCGUCUAAAGCACCAUUUGGGUGCUGUUGGGAGUGAUGUGACAGCAUGCACUGAAGUUCCAGCUGAUGUUAAAGAACGGAUGAGGGAGGCUUUGCUCGAAAAGAAGAAAGAGAGGCUGCUCAAGGAAGUAGGGGAAAUAUAUCAUCCAGAUCUUCCUUUGAAGAGGAACUUGUCUCCUGCAUCUAGGGAACCGAGACGCUGCCAACUGAAACUAACCCAACUAUCUACUUCAGAUAAGGGGAAAAAAGCUGCAGAUGUCCAGGUAGAGGGUGCUAAUGGAAGUAGUUGUCAUCUCAAACCAUUCAAGCCAACUUACUUGGGGAGGGGAAAGAAGGUUCCGGUGCCUUCUUCAGCAGAGGGCACCAAUGGUUGCAUUACAUGCAUAUCAGAAGAUGCACAUACAGUUGUCAAGGAAGAAGUAAAGAAUGAAUCGGUAUUGUUUGUGUCAAGGUGUAUCGGUAAUUUCUUUUAUGAGGCAGGUAUUGAUCUUGCUGGGAUUAAGUUACCUUCUUUUCAGAGAAUGCUUGAUGCUGUCCAUGGCUGCGGAACCGAGUAUAAAGUUCCAACAUAUAACGAACUUCAGGGAUGGAUCCUCCAGCAGGAAGUAAAAGAAGUUCUUUGUCAUGUGGAAGUUAUUAAGCAUUCUUGGGGGCGAAGCGGGUGUAGCAUCUUGCUAGAUGGAUGGACUGAUCAAAUGGGCAGAAACCUUCUUCGUUUUCUUGUUGAUUGCCCCCAGGGAACAAUAUUUUUAAGAUCUGUGGAUGUGUCGGAUGCGGUUCAAGAUGUUGAUGCAUUGUUUUUGUUGCUUAGUAAGGUAAUUGAUGAGGUUGGUGCCCAGAGUGUAGUUCAGGUGGUUGCUCAUGAUGCAUCAUGUUACAUGGAGGCUGUAGGCAAGAAACUAGUGGAAAAAUAUAGGUCUAUAUUCUGGACAUUAUCUGCGGAUUAUUGCAUAAAUUUGAUUUUGGAGAAAAUAGGAUUGAUGGAUCAUGUGAAGAAGGUACUAGCCGAUGCUAAGACCAUCACAAGAUUCAUUUACAGUCAUGCACUGCCUCUAGAACUGAUGAGAAAGCACAUUCAAGGGAGAGAUCUUGUCAAAUCAUCAAAUUUGAAGUCAGUAGCAUCCUUUAUUACAUUGAAAAACAUGAUCUCUGAGAAAGAAAAUUUAGUUAAUAUGUUUAAUUCACCAAUGUGGCAUGCCUCCAUUUGGGCUUCUAGAACUAAGGGCAAUUAUAUUUCUGAAUUGGUAAAAGGUCCCUUGUUUUGGUCGGCUGCUGCUGAUAUAUUAAAGGUCACAAAUCCUCUUCUUGGUGUCUUGUAUCAAAUCAAUCGAGGUGACGAAGCUCCAAUGGGGUUUUUAUAUGAUGCCAUGGAUCGGGCUAAGGAAGAAAUACGAACAAAUCUAGGAGGUGAAGAAGCAACAUAUUUGCCCUUUUGGUCUACAAUAGAUUGCAUAUGGGACAACUGUCUUCAUAGCCCUAUUCAUUCUGCUGCUUACUUUCUAAAUCCAAAACUUUUUUAUUCAAGUGAUUUCUUUGUCGAUGCUGAGGUUACUAAUGGACUGUUGUGUUGCAUCGUCCGUUUGGUUGAAGACCAACAUGACCAAGAGCUGAUAGUUCUACAGCUUGAUGCCUAUAGAGAAGCUUCCGGUGGAUUUGCCAAGGAGAAGGCAGUUGAUCAAAGAGCACAAAUUCCACCAGCUCUUUGGUGGUCACUUUAUGGGGAGCAAAGUCCUGAAUUGCAAAGGCUUGCCAUUAAAAUCCUAAGCCAGACAUGUUGUGGCUCUGCAAAAUACAAGCUUAGGAAGGGCUUGUCUGAGCAGUUGCAUGCAGAGAGAAGGAAUUUUAUCGAGCAACAGAGGUUCCGUGAUAUGGAGUUCAUCCAUAAUAAUCGUCGUCUAUGGCAUUCUCCAUCCAGCAGGGAGCAAAGGUGCUAUAUUUACCAAGAGGAUCUUAACCCGUCAGAUGAUUGGGUGAUAGAGGGUAAUGCCUCGUUUGUAUAAAUCCAGACUUGUAUAGUUCGGCGAAAAUUGUAGUCAACAACAUCUGUAUCUCCGUCUUUUUCCAUUAUUCAUAUUAUGUUACCCGAGUUUGCCCAUCUGAUCAGUUUCAGCCUAUGUAUCUGUCAAACAAAAUACCAGACAGGUCAUUCUCUGAGAUUCUAAGAUAAUCCGUGUCGGGUGGGCAGGUAUGUGCUAAUCUAAAAUUAUGGAUAAUUUUCAUAUGAUGUUGGCUCCCACGUUUUUGGUAAAUAGAAACGGUCUUCAAUAGCAUCAC